CCCCCACCAAGCUUUCCUUCUUCUCCCUCUCCGGUUAACGCUAGAGGCUUCCAGAAAAUCUUUCCCAUUUUUGUAGUUGGAGAGGAAAAGAGAACCGAGUAUGGAGCCUCUAGGGACUGUUUCUGAGGGAGAAUGGAGCUCUUUGAGCGGGGUUUACACCACCGAGGAGGCCGAUUUCAUGGCCCAAUUGCUUAACGAUUGGCCUCUCCAUGCCAAUGCCAAGGGCGGGUCUAAGGUCAGUGCACAGCACGGGCAUUGGCCGAGUCAUGAGUCGAGCAUUGAUCUGCCGGGGGUUGAGGGGAGCUCAUUUUGUUCCACUGAUGUUGCUAAUAAUUCCAGUUUGCAAUUUUUCCCGCAAGCGAUUAGCUGUAACUGCGGCAGCUCUAGCAUAGUUUUCCCUCCUUCAGGUCACGAGAACUACUAUUUGAGUCAUCCUAAUGAAAUUCUGGCGAAUAGUACCGAACUGAUGAAUCCCGGAUCGUUUAGCUUAGGAUGGAGUAAUGGGUUAAACCAAGAAAUGAGUGAUUGCAAUGUAGAAGAGAGGAGGAGGAGCUCCGGCGGAUGGUUCUCUCAAAAUCAGCAUUCAGCCGAAAGGAGAAUCAGAAAUUUCGAACGAGAGGUGGCUGAAGAAGAGAACAAUCGUGACACCAUCGCAAAUGCGAGGAAAAGAUCUCGGACGACCAGCAAUGUUCAAAAGGUGAAGAGGAAUGUCAAGUCAAAGAAGAGCGUGAAUCUUGAUCUUCCAGGCCAGGAUGAAGAAGACGGCGAUGCUCAAGGCAACAAUCAGAGCUCAAGCACCUGCUGCUCGGAGGAGGAAUCCAGUACUUCUCAAGAGCAGAAUGUAGCGGCUGCGAAUGCAAGCUCGAAGGAGCCGGCUGCAGUCAACCUCAGCAGCAAAACCCGAGCCAGCCGAGGUUCAGCCACCGAUCCUCAGAGCCUUUACGCUAGAAAACGAAGAGAGAGGAUUAACGAACGUUUGAGGACUCUGCAGACACUCAUCCCGAAUGGAACCAAGGUUGACAUCAGCACGAUGCUUGAGGAAGCUGUUCAAUAUGUCAAGUUUUUGCAGCUCCAAAUCAAGCUCUUGAGCUCGGACGAUCUGUGGAUGUACGCGCCGAUCGCUUACAACGGAAUGGACAUCGGACUCGACCUGAAGCUCAACAUCUCGAGGUGAUUGUUGCUGAGACGACAGGAAGAGCAAUCGGAGAAGGGGUGGUUUUUUCAUAUCAUAAAUAGACAUUAAAAUGUUAAAUCUCAUCUGCAUUCCUUGACAGAUGACUUUAUGAGGAAUAAUUGAUCCUGAAUCAUCAGGUCAAUCGGAUGCUUCUUGAAUGGGAUUCUUCUAAAUUUGCCAGCCAUUUUGUUACUUUGAAGAGUUCUAUUCU